AUGGCUCCUCUUUUAACCCCAGCCCAAUCUCACGCCCUCUCUAUCCCGGAGAUCUUCGAAUUAAUCCUUCUAAACCUGGACAUCCGCACCCUUCUUACAAAAGCAACCCGAAUUUGCCGUGCCUGGUCCCAUUUUAUCAACUCCUCCCCACCCAUCCAAUGGGCUCUAUUCUUCCGACCUCUCGACAAUACAUUGAAUAAAUCAAAGAUCCAGAACCCAUUGCUAGCAGAGACCUUCCCGUCAAUCUUCCACCAAUUCGGGUCUAGCAAUGGGAGAUAUUCCAAUAGAGAUAGUGAUACCGAUACCGAGACUCCAAACGAAAAAACCACCUAUCUCACAUUCACCACCUUCGACAUGGUCCGAAACCCGCACAAGUUGGAUGCAUACAUUAGACCAGAAGCCAGCUGGCGCCGUAUGCUGGUCCAACAGCCGCCCGUGUAUACGGUGUCACUACUAAGAAGUAAUGUCGGCCACGGCGGACAGUAUCUGUAUAUUUAUGAGGCGUUGGACGACCAAAAAGAACUAACCGGUGGCCUGCGAAUGGAUAUCAUUUUUGAAACACUCGUCUUCGGUGAUGGGUGGGAUCAGAAUGAAUACUCCUCGACGAGAAUGGUCUGGGGACGAGAAUACCUCCCUAAACGGGUUCGCGGUGACUUGAAACUUUUUGGUGUCCCGGAUAUGGACUUGGUAUUUUAUACUAGUUUAGGAGAGAUGUCCAUAGGUGGUGUUGUGAAGGAAUCUCAUAUUGUGAAGAAAGUCAAGGCGAUGUAUGCUAAGCUGGAUAUGAAACCGAAAUACUCAGAUGAGGUCUUUUUGAGGGGACGGAAGUCUUGGGGAUCACUUUGGGAUUAG